AUGCCAUCACCUGGGCUGCUAGGCUCUUAUGACGCGCAGCUGGGAGGUUACAGCCACCAACUCAAUGCCAUGACGGCUCCAGCUCUUGGAGUGCCAGGACUCCAGGCGCCACAGGGCCUUCAGAUGCCCCCGCCGCUGCCAAUGGCCACACCCCUCGCUGUGCCGUCGUUGGACGUGGGCUUGGACCCGGCAUCCCAGGAGCAGCUGAACGACCUCGCAGCCAAAGGAAAGCAGCUCGAGGCCCUUCAGAACUACUACGCUACUGUGCAGCGCGAGCUGCAGACGGAGCGUUCCUCUGCCUUGGGCUCCUGCGAAGCCGUGCUGAUGAGACUACGCGAGGAGGUGGCUGGCCUCUCGCCGAGCCUUGCUGCCUUGGCAGAGAAUGUGGCGCAGUCGAAUCAGCUGGCAGAGGACAUCCAUCGGUGGUUCGUGGCAAACGGUCCGCGAAUACGCGGGUAUCAGGAGUCGACGGACCCCAGUGGUUGGCUGGCAGAGGACACGCAGGAGCUGCGCCAGAAGGUGGACUCCCUGGGCCUCCGUUGGAAGCAGCUUCAGGCUGUGGCUUUUACCGAGCUACCCAGCCGAACGGUGGAGGCCCAGGUCUCGACCCCCGCCGAAGUCACUCCCAGGGCAGAGGUUUCUGCGGUAGCAGCCACGUCUGCAGCCGCCUCACCUAGGCUCUGCCCCUCCGGCCAUGUCAUGUCCCUGUUCACAGCAGCGAAGGACGGCGCGACCUGCCAGGUCUGUGGAGCCAUGCACGCCCCUGGCAGCGUUCUGAUGAGAUGCGACCUUUGUGGUCAUGAGGCCUGCAUGGGCUGCACUGCAAAGUCGAGCGACUUGCAGGGGCAAAUGUCCAGCAGUCCUCUACCUGCCACGGGGCGCGACCGGCCAAAGCAGCCAGAGUCCAUCCCAGAGGACGUACCUGUGUCUGUGGAUUGCGGUACACCUAUUGGCGCCCAGCCGGAGGAUGACGAGCCCCUGCAGCCGCAGUUCACAAGCUUUCACCUCUCCAGAGGUUGA